CAAUAAGCGCGCGCCCUAAGGCACAGUUUCCUCCACCGAAACCGGGCCAGAAGGCCAAACCAGCGCUGCCCGGCGCGCUGAGCACAUGAAUAGAUGAUAUUCUGCUACACAGAGGAGCGGGUGGAGGGGCCUCACGAGCGCAACCAGCAAAGCCAGAGUUGCAAUGGCCGAUGCAGCAGCGGACGGCCUAAAGCACCUAAGGCAGCAGCUCGGCAAUAGUCGCAACUAUGCGGUUGUGGAGGUUCUCGAUGAUUCAAGCGCAGCCGCACCCCCAGGGCGCUGGCGAUGUGCAAUUGGAUUCUGCUUCGGGGCGCUCGGACCUCGCCGCAGAAAGCAAUGGAGCUUACAAGUUGCCUACGUUCACCCGGGCGUACCGAAAACCGACGGCGCCAGCAUCCUGGACUUUGAUGACGUCCUGCACAAGCUCCAAGACGCAGUUGCGACGGGCCCGGUGUUGGAGGCAGCCGCCAGGUGCGCGAGGCAGGGCUCGAGGUUCUCUGCCAACGUUGAGACAGCUGAUGGAGUUAUCCAGGUGCACGCCGCGCAGUGCUGCCUCCGAGGCUCUUCUCGGCCGGCGCCAGUGCUUAUCAUCGCGCUGGUUGGCCCUGGUGCUCUAGCAGCUGCUGCUGCCCUCCAGACAGUGCCGCCCCAAGCAGCAGCUGCAGCUGCCCUUGCCGCGGCCGCCUGCUGUCCCAUUGAUGCUGAGGGAUCAGCCCUGACGCUGAGCGGGCAGCUGCAGCAGCUUCGACUGCAGCUUGAGCCUGCCGGUGUGGCGAUAAUGCUGCCAUCAUCGGACGCGAAGCAGGCGGGGGACACGUGCAGUGCGGAGGAGAGUGACACAAAGGCGAUGGCGCUGGAGGGCACGCCGGUGGGCGUGACAGUUCUUGAGCUGCCGCGCAACGCGUACAGCGGCGGGCGGAUCCUGUUUCAGAAUCCUCGAUCAAAGCAAUGGGCGGGAGACCUGGAGGGGCAGCCACUGGCUUACGAGCUGCUGUGCUGCCUGUUCGCCGCGGCUGGGUCAGCCGGUGCCGAUGCGGUGGCGGCCGGCGGUGGCGGCGGCGGCGGCGGCGGCGGCCUGGCAGGAAGGGCAGGUGCCUCAGCAGGCGCAGCAGUGGGCGAAGCGGGCGCAGCUUGCGGCGUUGGAGAAGACAUGGCGGUGGCGGCGGGAGUCACGCCGCCGCAUGAUGCGUCCAUCAGAGCGAUCCCCCAGCCGCCUGCCACCCCUCUGGUGUCGGCGGCAGCAGGCGCGGCGGUGGCGGCUGCCAUGUCAGACUCAAACCCAGUGGCCCCAGUAGCACCAGCAGCAUCAACGGUCGCGGCCGGCGCGGCAGCAGCCACUGGUGCAGCAGCAGCAGCAGCAGCAGCAGCAGCAGCAGCAGCAGCAGCAGCAGCCACUGGUGCAGCAGCCACUGGUGCAGCAGCAGCAGCGGCCGACGGCCUGGACCUGCUCGUGGCGAUGCUCCGAGACCUGGAGGCAGGCCGGGAGUUCGAGAUGACUGUGGAGGUGCCAGCGUUGCUCCAAAUGCCUCCCGGCUUCCCGGCCGCCGCCAUGCCCGCUGCUAGCGUCCACGUUGGCAGCCGGGGCCUGCCGGACCUGGGCGGCUUGCACUCGCUGGCGUCGCCGCUGCUGCCCGGCGCGCCGCCACUAGCCGCAGCGGCACAACACCUGGUCCCCUCCGCUGCCGCAGGGGCGAGCCACCUGUCAGCAGCAGCGGCGGCGGGCCCGGGCCCACUGCCGCAGCACGCACGCCUGCUGCCGUCGCCGCUCCUCCGGCCGGCGGCUGCAGCCGCCGGCUGCGGCGGCCCGGGGCGGGCGGCGGCGGCGGCGACGACAGCCUCCUCCGAGCCACCUGCUGCCGUGCUGGCCGCCGCUGGCUACUUCUCCGGCGGCGGCCGCGCGCCGGUCGUCACCUACAGCUCGUUGUCGGCGACCACCACCAGCGGCGGCGGCGGCGCUGCCCUGCCGCACAUCUCCCAGCCGCCGCUCAGCAGCAGUGUGAACAGGUCGCCGGGCUCCGCCACCGCCGCGCCGCCUGCUCGCCAAACCCGCCUCGCAGCCUCCGUCGGCGUCCCCGGCUGCCCACCCGGGCUGCCGCCACACAUGCCGCUAGCCGCGACAACGCAGCUGCCGCAGCAACUGCAACAACCGCCGCAGGCGCAGCAGGGCGUGGGACCGGGCUCGGCCGUGCACGCGCAGUUGCUGCAGUCCCAGCAGCUGCAGAGGCGUCUGGCGGAGCUGAUGACGUUCGAUAGCGUUGGCGGCGGCUGCCAGCAGCUACAUGACGUGAUGUUCAGCGGCGGCUGCCUGCUGGCGACGGACGACAGCGUCCACGACGACGGUGGUGGCGGCGGCCUUGACUCCGAGGAGCGCCGCCUGCUGGACGCGCUGCUGCUGGGCACGACGGACGAGUGCAGCGCAGCAGGGCCCGAGUCCGGGGCGGGGUUGGCGACAAUGUGUGCGGCAGCAGCAGUGGCAGCGGCGGCAAUUGCUGGAGCCGCGGACGAGGGAGGCGGCGGCAGUAGCAGGGGUGGCGGUGGCGGCGCAGAGCGGCGCACGCGGGGACGCGCCUUUGCGUUGGCCGCCGGACUUGCCGACUCGGCAAGCUUUGCAGCGUCGCCGCCGGCGACGAUGGGCGGUGGUUUGCAAGCUGCAGGUGCGGCGGGGCAUCCGAACAUGCGCCGCAGCAUCAGCCUGCAGGCCCGCGCCUUCACAUCACACAGGCAGGCGGCGGCGGCAGGAGCUCCCAGAACCUCCGGCUGUGUUCGCCAGCCGUCGCCCCUGGCCGCAAAUGAGUUUGGCUACGGCGGCGCUGGGCUGGCGCCAAGACACCUGCUGGCCAGUGGCGGCAUCACGCCUGUGGCGGCGGCCGCCGCGGCGGCGGCGCUGAGCGUCAGCACGCGCCCGCCGUCCGGCGUUGCAUCCGGCCUACUGACCUGGGGCGGCAUAGCCAGCGCGGCUGGUGGCAGCCAAGCAGGGCGCCUAGCGCGCACGACCAGCUAUUCCACGUUUCGUGUGUCUAGUAACGCGGCCGCCGCGGCCGUUGCCGUAGCUGGCGUCUCGGGCAGGGGAACCGGCAACAGCAGGGGUGCCGCCGCCACGGCUGCCGGAGGCGGCACCACAGUGCUCGCGACUGGCGCGGCGCUCUUGGGCGGCGCGCGAAUGAGCGGCAACAGCAGCAGCGGCGGCUUCGCCCUGCCGCCGCCCGCUACCUCUGCUGUCGGCGGUGGCGGCGCAUUCUCCGUCAGCAGCAACCUGCUGGCGGCCGCGUCUGUGGGCGGCCGCUGGCAUCCGCCCCGCAUAAUGACUGCUGCAGGGAUAGCAGCCAGCAGCGGCAGCGCCAGCUCAAGGGGCGGCGGCGCCAGCGGCACCGGCUUUGUGCGGACCCUGUCAACGCACCAGCUGUCCGAGCUGCCAGUCGCAGCGCUGAUGUCGACGCCUACGGGCGCCGCGCCUGCCGCCUCCACAAGCGGUGUGCGGCACCCACCGCCCCCGCGGUGCUCGGGGCUUGACGGGCAGCUUCCGAGCCGGUCGCGUGUACUUGCCCCGCCGCCGCGCGGCAGUACCGGCACUAGUGAUGGGGUUGGUGGCGGGCGCAGGGAGUCGAGCGGCCCAAUAAUCAGCACUGCUGCGCCAGCAGCGCUGUCGCGUCUAGCGCUGGCUGGUAGCAGCAGCCUGUACCUGCCUGCAGCCUUGCCUCGGGCGCGCUCCCCAGUAGCAGGAGCAGCAGCCGCCACAUCCGGAUCGAUCCUGCGAUCAGGCGGUCCAACUGGCGAUGAAGGUUGGACGUCUGUUUUUCCGCUUGGCACAGCGGCAGCAGGCACGGCCGGCGAGGAAGCACAGCAGCGGUCGCCCGCUGCUCACACGGUAACCGCCGCGCCGGCUGCAGCAGAGCGGGCCGCCGCCGGCAUGGCGGCGGCAUCAGCGCUUGACACUGCCGGUGACGACGCUGUGGCAUGGCCGGCGGUGCUGGUUGCUCCCGGCGGGCCGCUGAUGCCCAGUGACGCGGCGGCCUCGGCAGCAGCGGCAUCGCUUGUGCUUCCUCUGAGAGCGGAGACCGUGCUCAGCGCUGCUGACGUCACGCUCACGCUGCUCGGGCUGGCAGCAGCCAGCGCCAGCGCCACCGCCACCGGUGCCAGCUCUGGUCGCAAUGGUGUUGCUGCCGGAUUGGCGGCUGGCGGGCCUCCACAGCAGCUGCUGUGGGCCGCCGACAUCAGCAGUGAACUGGACCUGGGCAGCGGGCCGUCGGAUCCCACCGGCCCAGCAGCAGCGGCAGCAGCGGGUCCCACGGCGGGCGCAACGGCUGCGGAGGAGGCGUCAGCAGGUGGUGCCUUCACGCUGACGCCAGCAGCCGCCCGCCGGGCGCGCACAGCAGCCACCGCGCACCCGCACCCGCACCCGCACGGUAGGCUGAGCAUGUCAGAGCAGCUGCACAUGCCGCGGCCGCAGGCGGGGUUGCUUGAUCAGGCCAUGCUGCUGGCGCCCACGACGGCGGCGGCGGCGGCGCCGCCGCCAGGCGCGCGACAAGCAGGCCCAACGGAUCCAACUGCUAACGCCGACCCGUCAUGGAUGAUGCUCGGGUCCAUGCCCACACCAGAAGCGAGCUCGGUAGCGGCGGCCUCGGCAGCGGCGGAGCAGGCGGCGUUCCAGCCGGCCUCUGCUGAUGAACGGCUGCCAGGAGCGGUGGGCUCUGGUCACGGCAGCACGCCUGCUUCUGCGUCUGCGGCUGGGGCAGCAGCGGGCAGCAGCGAGCCGCCGCUCCUUGUUGAACAGGCGGCGGGGGCGGGGGCGGCGGCGGCGGCGGCGGCGGCGGCGGCCGGGGGCUCCACUGCGCCCACCAUGUGGUCACAAGCCUCUGCUGGGGAGUCGACCCCGGCGGCAGCAACGGUUGGCGGAUUCAGUUCGGCCGCGCCCUCUGCCUUUUCCCAAUCCAUGCGCAAGCCAUCGCCGUUUGUACCCAUUGGCGGUAGCCGGCGCAGCUUUCCCGUCAGUGCUGGCUCGGACAGCUCCCUCGCGGCCAGCAGCACGGCCGGCGGCGGCGGUACGGCCGGCGGCGGCUACGUGGAGGAGAGCAAAGGCAGCAACAACAGCAUAAGUGCGCCGGCGUUGCAUCAAGUCCUGAGUCUGAUGCAGUUCGCGCGGGGUGGGUCCGCGGGGUCAUCAUUGCUCACCAAUAAUUUCGAUGACCAGACGCGGACAUCGCAGCAGCAGCAGCCGGCGCGGCGGCUGUUGAGCGGCCUGGGUGUUGGGGCGCUCGUGGAGGGCGGGGCUGGGGCCGGGGCCGCCCGGGCCGGCUCGGAUGGAGGCGGGAGCGGCAGCAGCAAGAGCAACGGCUGCGGUUCGCUUCUUUUCCAGCCGCCGCACACGGCAGGAUCUCUCCUUGUGGGUGAUCCGUUUGCUCUGAUGGGAGGCGGGGACCUGUUCCAACGGGCGUCGGUUGCAUUGACGCAGCUGCCCUUGGCAUCCGGCCCCCAGCAGACAACGCAGCAGGCGUCACCGGUGCAGCUGCUGUGGGACGGCAGCAGCAUCAGCACGCCGCCAGAAGUGGGCAUUGGCAGCAGCAUUGAGGCGGGCGGCAUAGGCGGUGGUGGGGACACGGCGCUGCUGGACUUCGUGCCAUUUGUGCGCCCCAUCAUGGCGCCGGCGGUGUCGCAGCCGCAGUCAAACCCGCAUGAACUCCAGGGGCCACGACUGCUGCAGCAGCAUCAGGAGCAGGAGCGACAGCUGACAUGGCCGUAUCAACAGCAACCGCGUCAAUUGCUGCUUGGGGACAUUGCACAGCAGCAGCAGCGGCAGCAGCAGGAGCACCUGCUGCUGCUGCAGCCAUCGCAGACGCACACCUUGCGGACCACACACUCCCACUCAAGCGUGGCCGUCUCGGCUCAGCAGUCGCCGGUGCUAGUAGCCACGCUGGUCGGUGCGGGCGAAAGCGGGGAAGGUGGCACGGUCGCGGCAGGCAGCAGUGCUGACAGCUACGUCAAUGGCGGCGGGGCUACUGCAAACGGCGGAAGCGCACGGCACACCGUGUGCUGUGGACAUACGCCUGUGAGCAGCCAAGGGCACGCCAGUUUUGGCACCAAUGCCGAUACCGCCGCGGCAGCGGCGCCUGCACCGGCGGCUGGGGCGGCGGCUCCGGCUGCUGGUCCGAGGGCCGAGGAGCCAUUGCCCGCUGCUGCCCGCCGCGUUAUUGCUGCCGGCAGAAGCGAUGCGCUGCUGCAGCUGCACAGCAUCUGUUCUGCUACUGGGUUUGAGUCAGGGUGCAACAGCGGCACAAUGGGUGGCGGCGGCGGGACUUGCACGCCGCAAAGCGUAGCAACCUUGCAACCGUCACAGCCGCAGCCCCUGCAGCAGUUGCAGCGGCAGGAGCCUCAGCCGCAGCAGCAGCUGUGGCCCAGCACUGAGAAUGCAGUGGUGCCCGGUCCGGCGCCGCUGCCUGCAUCCCCCAUAGCAGCGGCUGGCGUGUCAGCCGGCGUCGCCGCGGCACAGCGGCAGGGUGACUCAUCAGGAGCCGUCAGGUCAGGGUUUGAGCGCGCGGGGUCGGUUUCCGCGGGGUCUUCUGCGGGACGGGCCCACCAACCACAGGAACAGCAGCAGCAGCAGGAACAGCAGCAGCAGCAGGCGCUGAUGUCGCGCUCGCGGCGCGGCACGCUCCGCUCGCUGAACACCGGGCACCGCCUUAAUACCCUCCUGAGCAGCUUCACCUAUCAGCAGCAGAUGCAGCAGCAGGACUGCGACCCAUUCCAUGCAUCGCCCACAACCCUUGCUGCUACUGCUGCGGAUGCCGCACAGCACCAGCUUAACCAGCAGCUUCAGCGCUCGUCCGAGCAGCAGCACAUCGUGCGGCGGCAGGGCUCACUGCCAUCCGGUCAUCAGCCGUCAUCCCCAACGCCACCAGCGGCUGUUGAGCUGACACGCUUCGGCCGUUUGAGCUCUCCGCAGCCGCCGCUGGUUUCUGGAGCGGCAGCAGGCGGCGCCUCAGCGGCCAUAGCUUCCUCUGCUUCGGCUGCCAUUGUUGUGGGCAACAGCGGAUGCGCCAGUGCGCUCUCGGCCAAUGCGCGUGCAGUGACUCGCUGGCACAAGAUCCACAUUGUGCGCAGCAGAUCCCCCGCUCCUGCUGCUGUUGGUGCUGGUGGUGCUGGUGGUGCUGGUGGUGCUGGUGCUGGUGCUGGUGCUGGUGGUGGUGAGGCGGCGGCAGCGGUCGCAACCGCCGGUGAUGCGGCAGCAGCUGGCCGGGAUGAGGGUGGCAUGGUGAAGGCGGACGGUGGGCGCGGCGGCGCGCUGACGCUGACGGUGACCCAGAUCGACGUGACGGAGCAGGUGGAGGCGCAGGCGCGGUUGGCCAAGCUGCUGGAGCAGGAGCACAGGAUCCUGGAAGGCAUCUUUCCCCGCCACGUCAUUGAGUAUCUGGCUCUGGCAGACACGGAGGGCACGACAACCCUGCCCGGCGGCAGCCGCGCCACGGCAGUCACGACCCCGGCGUGGCCCGGCUCGAGCCUGCUCAACUUCAAGGCGGGCAGUGUGGAGCGCAUGGCCUCGCUGGCCACGUGGCACGAGGGCGUCACCAUCCUGUUUGCCGACAUUGUCGGCUUCACCAGCAUGUGUCAGACCACGCCGCCGCUUACUGUGAUGGCGUUCCUGAACCUGCUGUACAGCCGCUUUGACGCCAUGAUUGACAUCUACAAGGUGUACAAGGUGGAGACCAUUGGCGACUGCUACAUGGUGGCGGGCGGGCUGGUCGCUUAUGACGAUGACGGCUACAAGUCCGUCAUCUCGGGCGGCGAGGACCCGCUGCACGCCGUGCGCGUGAUGGAGUUUGCAAAGGCCAUGUUGCGCGCCGCAAGCGAUGUAUACCUUCCCAAUAGUAACGAGCGGGUGCAGAUGCGCAUCGGCCUGCACAGCGGCCCUGUGACCAGCGGCGUCGUGGGCGACCGCAUGCCGCGCUUCUGCCUCUUCGGCGACACCGUCAACACCGCGAGCCGCAUGGAGUCCACGUGCCGCCCAGGCAGCAUCCAUGUCUCUGCGCCCACCCAGGCGCGGCUGCCGAACGAGCCGUGGCGCGACCGCGGCAUGACGGAGGUGAAGGGCAAGGGGCAGCUGCAGACGUACGAGUGGGCCGGGGACGUGGAUGCGCCCUAUGAUGGAAAGCAGCUGCAGCGUGUGCUGGGGCUCUAUGUGUGAAACCCGAGUGUCGCUGUUGUCUCCUUGCACGUGAAGAGUACGGAGUGUACAUGUGUGCAUUGGGAGCGGGGAAGCACCUGGCAUAGCAUUACUUCAGACGAAUUGUGUACAUCCGUGAUCAUUUCAUGUGAUGUUCUCUACCGUUCAACGCGGGGGCAAGAGUGUGGGUAGAAGGCGCUAGUAAAAGAGGGGUACAUAUCGCUGGGGUAGUUGUCUAUGUGACUUGCUGCUUUUCCCGUGCGCGCCAUGGUAGCCUAUCUCCUCUUGUAGCCCCGCAUUCGUUUCGAGUCUGAGCAGCGGCGCGUGGCUGGAUAGCAUUCAUUAUCUCUGCAUUACGGUAAUACCAGACAGCAGCAAGUGCAUGCAUGGCUAGAUGGGGUUUGGGACACAAGACUGUGCGAGGCUUAUAGAUAGGAAUCAAGGCAUGCCAUGCAUUUUUUUGUGCUGCGUGCUGAUUGACGAACUAGCAAAAUGGCGGGCGGCGACGAUGGUUUUGAUUGCGGUCUGGGCGUCAUUAUGGCGCUUUUGACAGGGAUAAACUCAGGGGAGCACCUUGUCCUGAUUGUCCUUAUGGUUCCCACAUGGAUGUGCUUCCAACGCUUCGCCGUACAAUGCGAUCAGUAUGUUGAUUAUGUCGCGGCGGCGUUCUUGCGGUAUGAGGUGGUGUGCAUGCAGUUCAGGAAGUGGUUCAUUGGGUUGCGCCUUCACAACGGGGGCGGAGGCUCUGAAGGCAGCGGCGCGGGGGCGGCAGCCGGCAGGGCCCAGCAGCGGGGCUCAGACUCUGGAGAUCGUGUGCAUGCGGGGAGCGGAGGGGUGGGCACCAUGCGAGUCACCAGUCACCCUCCCUUGGUGGGCUACACUUUUGGUGGUGGUCACUGGAUGGGCAGUCGGCGUACGAGCGCACGCAGAGGAGCGAGCACGCAGAUACAGUAACGACCCCGGCUGCGGUGUGUAGGGCAAUAAGGCUGAGUCGGCGGAUCUAAGACGGCGGGUGCAAGGCAACGCAAAUGCACUAGCGGACAAAUGUUCAGAAUGCUGCCUGCUGCAUGUGCAGUUGGCUUGCCCCUUCCCCCGAAGGGGGAGGGGCGGAAGCCAUUGCGGUCGCAUCGAGUCCCCAGGCGGGGCCCCCUCGGUUAUUCCAGUUUUAUGUGCAGUUACGUCGGGAAACCCGAACGUAGCCAGAGUUCUUGUGCAAAUAAUACGCCUUU